AAUGCUCUGGUGGUUUGUCGGGAUCUCAGGAACUGGCGGUGGUUCCAGAGGCCGAGUCGCCCCCUCCCAGGCAUAGUUCUUCCUUGGGGGCCUCUUCUCGUGCCCUCUCAGUGUGCGGGUGUGGAGGGGACCCUUGGCACUGUUCCCCCCCACCCCGUCCCCGGCCUUGGAGUGGGCUAGGUUCGUGGUGAGGGGGCUGCCUCUGCCCUCGAGCGCAGGAUCCUACCGUAAGAAGCUGCCUUCUAUUGUAUCCAACCUGAGCCGUAUUGCCUAAUGCCUACACGGGCUGGCAGCUAUGGCUCUCGGGGCUUUCGGGCUGGACGGAGCCGAGCGGGGCCCUUCUGCGAGCACAACCCCACGCCGAGACCGGCCCUUCCGAAUCGUCCGUCUGCUUCAUCCCCGUCAGCUCAGCCAGGGGCGCAAAGGCCUGGGGAGCCCCACCCCACGAGUCCCCCGAAAGGAACGGGAAGGAAGACCCCCAAGGAGACGGAGCCCUUCUGGGGCUGACUCUGCGCCCCCUUCCGGCAAAGGCCACGCGUGCCAGCGGCUCUUUCAGGGCCCCCACCUAGCAGGCGACUCGGUCCAAGGGGCCCGGGUUCAAGGAGCGCCAAGGCUGCUGGCGGCGCACCCCACCACCAAGACCUACUUCCACCAUCUCGACCUCUCGCCGGACUCGGCCCAGCUGCGGGCGCUGGGCAAGAAGGUGGUGGACGCACUCAGCCGCGCCGUCGAGAACCUGGACGACCUGCCGGGCGCCCUCGGCAAGCUCAGCGAGCUGCACGCCUUCGAGCUGCAGGUGUCGCCCACCAGCUUCGAGUGCCUUAACCACUGCAUCCUGGUGACCAUCGGUGCCCACAGUCGCGGCACCCUCGACCCGGCGCUCCUCCUUUCCCUGGACAAAUUCCUGAGCAGCGUCGCCCACGUCCUGACCUCCUGCUAUCGCUAGGCUGGGCAAGACGGGCUCGCCCGGGCGCCCUCCCCGUCUUCUCCCUCCUAAUAAAGCUAUGGGCUCUUUCAACUGCAGCGCUGCGCCCUCACCUCUCUCUGGGGGGCGGGUGGUGGGGCAGCUGGACGGACUUCGGAGGAGCCCUCGACGGCGCUCCCCUCGAGACCUGUGAGGUUGCCCGUAGUGUGAAUGUCUGUCACAUUGCCCCGGGGCCGGAUGGCGAAGACUGGGUAAUAAAUGAGCUUACGGUAUUCACCAGGAAGCUUUUUCGUACCUGCGGCUUUCCCCUCUACAUCCCUGUGCUGAGAGAGAAUAGUAUAGAAAGAAUCGCAGAAUUGGAGGGCACUCCAAAGGUUAUAAAGCUCAGCCCGCUGCAAUGCAUGCAGGAUCUGCAGUAAAGGAGGCAUGGGCA